UUAAUGUCAUUUUGACAACACGUAAAUAACUUUAAAGACUAAAGUGGAGCUUCUAGCCUUCUGGAGCCAGUCAGAACUCAGAUUGGGGAAUUAAGCAACGAAACAAAUAAGACAGUUGCUAUACAUAUUGAAGUGACUAAAAAAUAACAUAAAGGUGUAUGGCACAGUAAAGAGAAUUUGUAUUAACCCGUAUCUGGCGUACUCAUCACAAAUGUUAUUAGUUCAUAGUAAGUCUGAUUAUUCAAAUUCCUCCUAAAGAAAAUAACUAAUGCGUUGUGUUUACAAUUACAAACAUACAUUAAUUGUAGUAUGAUAAAGUUAAUACAGUAAAAAUAAAAGUGUCUCUAAAAAGCAACAUGGGCUCCAUGCGACCAUCAGGACGAUUUAUGUCGUUUGCAAAUAACAUACAGAGAACACAGAAACAACCAGUUCCAAGUAGUUUUACUCAAAGUCUAUCAGGCAGUGAGACAGACGUUUCUACAUCUAAUGAAAACUUAUCAAGAGAAGAGAGAUAUGUGGUAAGACAUACAGCCAGAGUGGAACCCCAGGGACAAGAAAAUCAGAGCCAAAAUAACAACAAUAGGAACUCUCUCAAGGAUAGUGUCACAGGAAGUAAUCGUAACUCGCUAAAGGAUUCAGUAGGUGGUGGUAAUAGCAACAGAAGUUCACUGGAUGUGUCCUCUUCCUCUUACAAUACACUUAUUAUUCACAAUCAAGAUGAUUCUUGGUCCUCUCGACCAACACCAAUAAGAGAACAUGAACGAACCACAAGUGAAGUGAAACAUUCAAACACACAGUCAUCUCCAUAUCAUACAUUGAAGAAAUCAGAGAUUAAGAAGCCAAGCGGGAUACCAUUACCUAAGAUACAUAAACAGCAAGAAGUGACAGCUAGUGCUAAUUAUAUAGAUAUUGGUGGUCAACGGAUAUACACAAGUCCCCCUGACCAUGGUGUUCAGGAAAUAACAGAAAUUCCAGAUGACUUCUUGAACCAAUCAUCUGUAUUGAAGCACCUGGCUAAAGAGGUAGCUCAGUCACCUACUCCGCGAAAUACGACCCCUCCCGCCUCACCGCAUGCCCCCCGAGCGCCCUCCAAGUCGAGGGAGGAACGAAUCAAAGGCAAAGCGAAGGCUAAACUGAGCAAGGAGAAGCUCAGUUUGUCAAGGUCACAGCCGGAUUUGACCAGUGUGGGUGUCCGAGCAGUACCAGGUGGUUCGGAAUCUAGCGGCUGGUGCAGCGGUGGCGAAGGUUCCUUAGAGGAAGACGAUGCCUUUACAGCAGUCCUCGAUGCAUUGGCUGCGGAGAACCAUCAGCUCAAACGCCAGCUUGCUAAUGCGUGUGAAAGGGUGUCUAAAACGUCUAAGUUGGAAGAGGAAGUCGAGAAAGUUCGUACAGCCCACGAAGACUUGGUUGGUUCGUGCGAGCGUCGAGAGAGGCUAGAACGUGCGGCGCGCGUACGAUUACAGGCAGAUUGCAGGAGGCUCCAUGAACUCAAUAGGGCGCUUAAACAUCAGGUGGAAUUGCUAUCUCAAGGCGUGCGUGCAGAUGCUGACAGUAACAGUGAGGUGCUUCGUAAAGAGUUGCAAAACAGAGAAAUGCUUAUUGCACAGCUUAUUACACAAAACAAGGAGUUAGCAUGCGCGAAGGAACGUCAAGAGAUUGAGAUGUCUGCCCAGCGUGCGACUUUGCAAGAACAGAGGACCCACAUCGACAUCCUGGAUACAGCACUCACCAAUGCGCAGGCUAAUGUUGUGAGACUUGAAGAAGAGUGUCGUCACACAAGUGGUUACGUAGAACGGGUGAGGGGACUCCAGCGAGCCUUAGCUUCAAUACAACAGGCCUCCGACAGACGAGAACACACUGAGAGGAAAUUACGAGCUCAGUUGGAGAAGGAAUUGCAGACACUCCGCAAACGCGAAUGCACCUGCGGAGGUGUAGGCAGUCGUGUCGGAGGGGCCGAAGGGGGUGAAGAAGCCGAACUCCGAAGACAAGUGAGGGAGAGAGACGAACGACUUCUCGCUCUAGAGGGAGAGUGUGCGAAGUGGGAACAACGGUAUUUGGAGGAGGCCGCUUUGAGGCAGGCAGCUGUUUCCGCCGCGUCUAUACCUAAGGAUGCGAAGAUAGCAGCUUUGGAGAAAACUUCAGCGGAAUCUGAGCGACUAAUGGCUGAAGUGCGCAGUGAAAAGAUACGUCACAUGGACGAACUUCACUCUGCACAGAAAAAGGUCGCUGACCUUGAAAGCAGAGUGAAAGAGUUGGAAUCCAAGGUUGCCGAACGCGACGCGAUGAUCAAAGUCCUGCAGAAACAUACGAGUGGUGCUUCCCUGAGGAAUAAUUCCAGUCGCGAAGAAUUAGUGGGUCUAUCUUCCGGUGCAUCAUUCUCUAGUACGGAAGGUGUGAGCGGGACAGGUGUAUCGGGAGUGAGCGGGUCGGGCGUAUCGGUGAGCGGACGUUAUCGCCAUCUCGCACGGCGAAAUUAUUCCCCGCAUAAUGAUAACGCUAGCGGAUGCGGUUUCGACAGCACAUCCCUUCGCCUAGAGGAGCAGUUGGCAGCACUGGAAUCCCGCCUGGAACGGCCACCUGUGCCCGCCAGAGGUCUAUGCUGUUUCCCCGGACUGAGCACAGUUGGAGCUCGUGCUGGUAACGGACGUGGAGAAGAAGCAUUGCUUUUGGAACGUCAGGGACGGGCUUCGCAACAAACCAGGUCAUCAAGCCUUCCGCCGCCACCGUCUGCUCUGCCACGCCCACCACGAAAGCCUUCUGCUCGUAACACCAGAUAUGAUCGCCUGGAACACAGAGAUGGUCGUAAAGAUUCAGACGGGUCUGGAUCGAUUGCUUCGACUGCCUCACGGAGCUCACCAUUGCCAUAUGACACAGUUCGAAAGCUACCAUCAGUGCCAACAUCCGCUUCUCUGCCAGCUGCGGAAUCCAGGGAAUCACUGGUUCGACCCCGGGAUUCGAGUCUCCCUUCACCAUCAAAGCUUGCUGUGUAUGCGGCAGCCAGACGCCGGUCCGCUGAAUCUGCCAAAGAUAACAAACGGACACACCACUAUCGUAUUCAGUUUUAAAUAUAAAAUUCUGAAGUUCGUAAAUUGUCUUCAGAUAACUCUGAAAAUUUUUCGUAUUAGGCGUUAAAUUUUCAUAACUAAUUUGUGUUCAAUGCACCUAGUCGUUUUAUUUUUGUUUUGUUUUCAUAUAAUUGCCAUGAUUCUAGUAUGUGUUUGGAAUGUAGUUUGUAAAAAGAAUAUUUUUUUUCAUAUAUAAUUUAGUAGUUUCAUUAUUCUCAACAACGACCCACGAGUUUAUUCUAAAAUAGAAAUAUAUCACACCCAAAUGUAUUGAUUUAUUAAAAGUGGGCGGUUAAGAACCAUUUUAUGAAGAUCGUGGUCAGACUCGUUUAUUACGUUGUAUAAGUUGACAAGGGAUUGUGGUUUCUUCUCAGUGAACCACGAUGUAAACAAUAGUCUUGUCUAAAAAUAAACCUGUGUUACAAGUGUGACCAGCUGAUAUUUCUAUAUCAGUUUACUGUAAGUAUUUAACAAAUAAUUUAAACAGGCGAAAUGAAUAAGCACACGUGAUACUUCAUUUAUGUAAUCUGAACUUAAAAAGCAGGUGUUAAGAAUUAGUGUUUAUAAUUUGAUUUAAGAGUUAAACUUGUUUACACUAGUAUUGAUGACAUUGCUAUAACAAUUUAAAUAUUUAACAUUAGUAGUAAUUAUAGACUCGUGUAUUGUAUAGGCAAUCUCAGCUAAUAUAAAUUAGUUCUUUGCAUUGCCUGUCUUAUUAAACAUUUUCAAAUGUAUCUAUCAAAAAU